AUGUUGAGACGCAGUCGAAACAGCGCUGAGAAUGAAAAUAUCCCUGUAAAGCCAUCCGGAAGAUCAACAUCUGCAAAUGGUGAGAUGGGAAUACCCCAGAAAAAACUGAGCGAAAACUCACUACAGCGCUUUAAAAAUAUUGCAAGCGGGAUUUUGGGGAAAAAUGGAAACGAUAUGAGGGAGAAAACACAAACACGAAGAAUUGCACUGGCAGAUAUGAAGAAUGUCGUAACAAAUGAAGGAAAAACCGACAAAGAUGGAGGUGAAAGCAAGUUUUCAUUACUGAAUAGUAAAGUGCGCCGAUCAUUUUCGGCAUCACCAAAACGCGCAAGAACGAAAUCAGCGCAGAAAAAACAAUCCGAAUAUGGUAUUACCUUACCAUGCAAGGCUUCGGAAGAAUUCGCAAGAGUCAUGGCGAGCAUGAAUGCAGGCAUGAAUCUGCGUAGCCGGCUUAUUUUAAAAUCUGAUGCGCAUCUACCUGGUCAGUAUUUGAAACUGCAGCCAACUCCUAACGAAAUAGCUCGACAAUUUCCUCCCACCCAACCAGAACCGAUAAUUGAGAACUUGCUAAAACCAUUACCAUUUCAUGACGGAAAGCGUAGCAUUUACGACACAUACAAUAACGUAGUAGUGUACUGCGAGCAAUAUGCGGCCGAUAACUGGGAUUAUUUGUUUGAAAUCGAGAAUAAAGGAGUUGUGCCACCCAAUUUCUUGCAUGGAUCAAGGAUUACACCGAGGAAUCGAAUGACUACAAUAGAUUGGAUUACUCGCUUGCAAAUUGCUUUUAAGCUGCUGCCAGAGACGCAGUUAACAACUAUUAACCUCUUGGACCGUUGUUUGAUGGCACGACGUUUUACACUUGAGAAGAAAGAAAUGCAGCUGAUUUCUUUGGGAUGUGCUGUUGUAGCAGCCAAGUAUGAAGAAAUUUAUCCCCCAGAAAUAUCUGAAUAUCUCAAUUCUUGUGGCAAUACGAAACAAGAGAUCGUGCGGGCAGAAAUUAAUGUGUUACACCUUUUAAAUUUCGAUUUGAGAUAUCCUCGUGCCAUCCAAUUUAUCCGUCGUCUCACGGAACAUUAUGAUCUUAGUGUUCAUACAUUGGCAAAAGCUAUUAGUGAAAUAGCAUCAUACGACUAUAACACAUGCUAUAUGAAACCAUCGGUUAUUGCGGCUCUUGCUGUAUUCAUUGCAGCUGCGUUGGAAGGAGUCGAAUUUCCUGAUAAGUUGCAUCGUUUGGCAAGAGUAUCGAAAGCAGAAGCUGAACGACUAGCACCUAUUUUUGCGUCAGCUAUAUUGGAAUUGAUUAGAAAUGAAAAAUGUUAUAGUGCCCUCUACAAACGAAUGUGCAUCCAAAGACGAAUGGUUUUCACCAAUAAACAUAUUGCCGAUUUGGCUUCAAUUGUGACUAAAAGUCGUUGA